GCUGCUCCCGGUGGCAGAAUGGAAGCCGAGGAUGGCCCUGAGUAUGGCAAGCCUGACUUUGUGCUUUUGGACCAAGUGACCAUGGAAGACUUCAUGGCAAACCUGAAGCUCAGGUUUGAGAAGGCCCGAAUCUAUACCUACAUUGGUGAAGUACUAGUGUCCGUGAACCCCUACAAGAAGCUGCCACUGUAUGGGCCUGAGGCCAUCGCCCUGUACCAGGGCCGUGAGCUCUAUGAACGGCCACCCCACCUCUACGCUGUGGCCAAUGCCGCCUACAAAGCCAUGAAGCGCCGAUCGAGGGACACCUGCAUCGUCAUCUCAGGGGAGAGUGGGGCAGGGAAGACAGAAGCUAGCAAGCACAUCAUGCAGUACAUCGCAGCUGUCACCAAUCCAAGCCAGAGGGCUGAAGUGGAGAGGGUCAAGGAUAUCCUGCUCAAUUCCACCUGCGUGCUGGAGGCCUUUGGCAACGCUCGCACCAGUCGAAACCAUAACUCCAGUCGCUUCGGCAAAUACAUGGACAUCAAUUUCAACUUUAAAGGAGACCCCAUUGGGGGUCACAUCCACAGCUACCUGUUGGAGAAGUCCCGGGUCCUCAAGCAGCAUGUGGGCGAGAGGAAUUUCCACUCUUUCUAUCAGCUGUUGCGGGGGAGUAAAGAAGAAUUACUGCAAGAGCUGCACUUGCAGAGAAACCCCGCUCUAUACAACUUUACCCGCCAGGGAGCAGGACUCAACGCCUUGGAUAGUGAUGAGAGGAGUCACCAGGAAGUGACCCAAGCUAUGAAGGUGAUUGGCUUCAGUCCCAAGGAGGUGGCAUCUGUUUACUGCAUCCUAGCUGCCAUACUGCACUUGGGAAACAUUGAGUUUGUGGAGAUGAUGGAGGAGGGGCCAGAGAAGGGGACCCUAAGGGUAGCAGAGGAGGUGCUGGUGGACCAUGUGGCUAAACUGACAGCCACACCCCGGGAACUGGUGCUCCGCUCCCUGCUGGCUCGCACAGUGGCCUCGGGAGGCAGGGAUCUCAUCGAGAAGGGCCACUCCACGGCUGAGGCUUGCUAUGCCCGGGACGCCUGUGCCAAGGCAAUUUACCAGCGGCUGUUUGAGUGGAUUGUGAACAAGAUUAACAGUGUCAUGGAAGCACAAGGUCGGGACCCUCGACGUGAUGGCAAGGACACAGUGAUUGGCGUACUAGACAUCUAUGGCUUCGAGGUGUUUCCUGUCAACAGCUUUGAGCAGUUCUGCAUCAACUACUGCAACGAGAAGCUCCAGCAGCUGUUCAUCCAGCUGGUCCUGAAGCAGGAGCAGGAGGAGUACCAGCGUGAAGGCAUCACUUGGCAGAGCAUCACCUACUUCAACAACCUGGCCAUUGUGGAGCUGGUGGAACAGCCCCGCCGGGGCAUCCUGGCCGUGCUGGACGAAGCCUGCAGUUCUGCGGGCACCAUCACUGACCGGAUCUUCCUGCAGACCCUCGACGCUCACCAUCGGCAUCACCCACACUAUACCAGUCGCCAGCUCUGCCCUAUGGAGAAGAGCAUGGAGUUUGGCCGAGACUUCCAAAUCAAGCACUAUGCAGGGAACGUCACGUAUUCUGUGGAGGGCUUCAUCGACAAGAAUCGAGAUUUUCUCCUCCAGGACUUCAAACGACUGCUGUACAGUAGCACAGACCCCACCCUGCGGGCCAUGUGGCCAGAUGGACAGCAGGACAUCACAGAGGUGACCAAGCGCCCCUUGACAGCUGGUACACUCUUCAAGAACUCCAUGGUAGCCCUGGUGGAAAACCUGGCCUCCAAGGAGCCUUUCUAUGUGCGUUGCAUCAAGCCCAAUGAGGACAAGGUGCCUGGGAAGCUGGAUGAGGACCACUGCCAGCAUCAAGUGGCAUACCUUGGGCUCCUGGAGAACGUGAGGGUCCGCAGGGCUGGCUUUGCGUUCCGCCAGCCCUACCCCCGAUUCCUGCUCAGGUACAAGAUGACCUGUGAAUACACUUGGCCCAACCACCUGCUGGGCUCAGACAGGGCAGCUGUAAGUGCCCUCUUAGAGCAACAUGGACUGCAGGCGGAUGUGGCCUUUGGCCACAACAAGCUGUUCAUCCGCUCGCCGCACACCUUGGUCACGCUGGAGCAGAGCCGGGCCCGCCUCAUCCCCAUCAUUGUGCUCCUGCUACAGAAGGCAUGGCGGGGCACCUUGGCCAGAAAACGCUGCCGGCGCCUGCGGGCUAUCUACACCAUCAUGCGCUGGUUCCGGCGGCACAAGGUGCACACUCACCUGGCGGAGAUGCAACAGUUUUUCCAGGCUGCCAGACAGCCCCCGCUCUAUGGCCGAGACCUCACUUGGCCCCUGGUGCCCACAGUGCUGCAGCCUUUCCAGGACAUCUGCCAAGCGCUUUUCUGCAGGUGGCGGGCCCGGCAGCUGGUGAAGAACAUCCCCCCUUCAGACAUGGCCCAGAUCAAGGCCAAAGUGGCUGCCAUGGAGUUACUACAGGGGCUGCGCCAAGACUGGGGCUGUCAGCGGGCCUGGAUUCGUGACUACCUGUCCUCUACCACUGACAAUCCCACAGCCUCAGGCCUCUUCACUCAGCGGUUGCAGACCCUCCGGGAGAAGGACGGCUUUGGGACUGUUCUAUUUUCUAGCCAUGUUCGAAAGGUCAACCGCUUCCACAAGUGCCGGAAUCGGGCACUCUUGCUCACAGACCAGCACUUAUACAAGCUAGAGCCAGGCAAACAGUACCGGGUGAUGCGGGCCUUGCCUCUCCGGGAGGUGACCGGGGUGAGCGUGACGAGUGGCCAGGAUCAGCUGGUGGUGUUGCAUGCCCGGGGCCAAGAUGACCUGGUGGUCUGUCUGCAUCGCACCCUGCCGGAGCUGGACAACCGUGUUGGGGAGCUGGUGGGAGUGCUGGCUGCACACUGCCGGGGGGAGGGCCGGGCCCUGGAGGUCCGUGUCUCUGACUGCAUAACCCUGAGCCAGCGAGGAGCCCGGCGCCUUGUCUCGGUGGCACCCAAGCCCGAGCAGCUGGUGCCUGAUUUCCGCUGCAGCCGCGCCGGCUUCACCUUGCUCUGGCCCAGCCGCUGACUUCUCCCCCUUCAGACUUGGCUCCCUGCAAAAAUAAAGUCUCUUGUCCACUUA